ACUGAUAUGAUCUUACGUAGGGUGGAAUCUAAUCAGUCUUUAUGAGCAGUGAAUAUGCAGAGUCUGACUACCAUCGGCUAUUGAGAAGCACAUCGGACAGGCAUGCAUGCUAUAUGCUUCAUGAGAAACUUGGGCGUGUAGCUUUCUCCACGAACGCGUCAAAACACGUCAACCUGAACCUUCGCACAUUCUAUAUCCCUCCAACACAAUUGUGACAAUGCGACCGACCUGUUAGCAGUCAUGCCCACUCACAUAGAUGAUCGUUUGGCAGAGGAGAUCGAGAUGUUCUCUGGAGACUUGAGAGAUGAUCUUCGCGCUUAUCUUGACAAUAUCACUUCGGACGUGAUACAUGAGAACAAUGCCCAACAUCCAACGCCAAUUGCAGAACGUAGAUCCAGAGAAAACGAUCUUCAUGAUGACCUUCUUGUCCGAGCUACUGGAAACGCCAGAGCCGCUGAGCGAAGAUCUACUGUCGACCUACAAGCUUUUGAUUUACACCGUGGUUACCAAUCUAGCUCUUCGCAAAUCCCAACCUCCCCAGGUGCGACCAGUCUGGACUUACAAUAGAUACACGGACCGUACACAGCAGAUCAUUCGCAAGCCUGCGCUUGAUGGUCAAUUGCUACUGAAGGUCCUGUCACAUUGCAGAGAUCUGGUUCUCCCCGAAUGUGCUUCCAGACUCGUGGCCAACGUUGCAGCACAAACAGAUUCCAUGGAUCCGCAAGACUUCGAUAGCACCAUUCUGCCCUCACUUAAGGGCAUAAUCAUCCGCUUGCAUGAAGAGAAAGAUGAACUCGAUUUCUACUACAAGAUGCUAUUUCAAACACGCCUCUCGAACUACGUCGAUAGAUUUGUUGGUUCAGAACCUGCACAAAUCAACUGGUCGAGGAAUCCGGUAAGGUGUGGCUGUGCUCACUGUAGAGAUCUGAACAUAUUUCUCCGCAGUCCUGUGGAUCAUGCGUAUCGUGUCAGGGCCUCCAAAGCACGUCGACACCAUCUACAUUCACAAUUAGACGCAUAUACGGACUGCACUCAUAUCACCGAUCGUGGAUAUGCCGAGAUCAUGGUAGUCACGAAGCAAGGAUCGGACUUUGCGGAGAAGCUUGCAGCGUGGAACAAGAAGGCUCGCUCAGCGACGGCAGCACUCCGCUCUCUCGAGGAUUGGGAGGACACAACGAGCUCGUCUAGUCAACUGAGAGAACUGCUCGGAGUGCGAUACACCGAGCUCAUGACGCUAAGCACGUAUGACUGACUCCAUUGCGCCUGGAUGUACGUUUUCCGAAAGAGUGGAGAUAUAUAUCAGGUAGCAUGCAUGUAUCGACUAAUGUGCUAUGAUUCAUCAAGCAGCUGGAGUCGGGCCUCAGUACAGAGAAAGCAUGCCCUAACAUUAUGCCACAUCUCCGACCAUGUCUCGUAGCGAAAUAGGC